AUGAUUCCUAUAUUGAAACUGAGAACUCAGAGGUUCAAUCACCCAUUUUAAAAAAAGACUAAGGCUACCGAAGGAGGAGUGAUGCCCCUCAAAAUUAGUCUAGAAAUCCCUACCAAGACUACUUUCAAGGAGGAGGGAGCAAGCAGUCAUACGAGAACUAAUACAACCUAGAUCGAUCUAAAUUACAGAACAAUAAUUAGAGUGACAGAGAUCCUAGUUAUUGCUAAUUUCUUGACUUAACUUUAUUUAAAGUCCAUCCUUAAAAAAGACUAGAGGAGGCCUCUCGGGUCUUACUAGUCUGAAAUGUGCUCCUACGCAGCCAGUGGAAAAGAAUGCCCCAACGGAGAAUCAUGCUAAAAAUCCCAUAAUCGGGUAGAGGAGUUUUAUCAUCCUGAUAAAUAUAAAGCCAAAUUCUGCUCAUCCUAUAUUGAUGAUAGCGGCGAAUGCGAAUAUGGUGAAUAUUGCUCUUUCGCGCAUUCUUAGGCUGAAAUCUCUGUCGAGUUGAUAGAUUCUUUCGACAAAGAUUCUGAUUUUUACAUGUUUCACUUUAAGACCGUUUGGUGUCCAUACAAUGAGACAAACCACUAAAGAGAUUUAUGUGUGGAUGGCUGUUCUAACGAAUACAAUUGCUUGCAGAGCCACGGCUGGAAAGAGUAGGAAUAUCACCCUGAAAACUAUAAAUUGAACCCUUGUAAGCACGGAGAUUAGUGCAACAAGAUUCAUUGCUCUUACUAUCAUUCAGAAAAAGACAGAAGGUAGCCUUUGUAGCAGUGGUUCAAAGUAUUUCCAAAGACUAGACUAGUUAACUUUCCCUCAAAUUAUUACAUGCCAUUUUUGAGGAAUCUCACUUACGAUAGAGACUUUAUGGGGGGUAUUAAAUAGACCUCAUUUUCAAGGACUACAACAGAUAUCUCAUUUCAAAAUAAUAUUAAUCAAGCUAAUUCAGACAGCACAAAAAACUCGUAAAAAAGUUUGCAGCUGACCCCCUAAUCUGAAAAUUAAUCAAAAUAACCGCCUCAGCAAACUCCCCCGCAGAUAACCAUUAAUACUCAAGCUUAAUAAAAUUUCAAUCUAAACGCUCCCUAAUUUGUCCCAAAUCAAAAUGCACCUAUUCAAAUCACUUAAGCUCAGUAAAACUCUUAAAAAAGACAGAGUCUUGUGCCUAAUGCUAGUAAUUUCCUCUAGCUAGUAAACUUAUAGGACAUUGCGGCUUAGAAAAGAAUGUCAACUUCUCCAAUUAUCUAUUAGGGACCCUAUAACCAACAAAAUCUUUACUAAAUAACAGAUAACUAUGGAUAAACAUCAUAAUUUAUGAUGUCAUCUAAUAUCAGUCAGACGUAACCAACAAAUAUGUCGCCAGAUAUGAUCUCAUUAAGUACUAUUAAUCCUUAAUCAAGCUAAAAUGCUAGCGAGUAAUUUAAAAAGAGAUACUCAAUGCAGCCUCAUCCAAUGAAUCCAAUGCAAUUUGAUCAUCAAAAUAACAAGAGAUAUUCUGCAAUGUAUCCUAAUCCUAUCUUACAUCCAAGUAUACUAGCUGCCUACAAUCAAGAGCAGCAGCAAAUUGAAGAAAUGAAAAGAUUAAGUCUUUAGACUUCUACUAAUCAAUAAUUGGAAAUGUUCCUCGGGCACUAGUAUUUAAAUCUACCAAGAGGAGAUGAAUACAUGAAUUACGAUUAUUAGUCCAGAGUAGAACCAAGAUCUCCUGAUAUCAACAUCCAUAAAGAUAUUUACAAGAAUAUCAACUCUGAGCCAAAGAAAAAGUCUCUCUAGAUAUUCGAGGGAUUGCAUCAGACAAUGGAAAAAUAGGAGGAGUAACCAGGUUAGGAGUCAAGCAGCAAGUCAGAUCCUGAUGAAGAGGACAAUGAUUCAGAUAUUGAUAAUAUCAAAUAUGAGGAGGGAGACGGUUCUAACCCAGAUGAUAGAGCAAUUGAUUGUUCCACAAUUUUCUCAAAUAUCGGUCUUGAUCUAAAAUAGUUAGACCUCUCAGGGAAUUUAUCUUUAGCCAAAUUGGAAGGAAUGUGUUAUGAGGAGUUAAGAGCGAUGGUGGUUGAUGAAGAUAAGACUAUGAAAUUAGUUAAUGAAUUGAAUAAACUCAGAAGAAAAAGAGAUGAAAAAUGGAUUUAAAACCUUGUCGAUUUUCAUAAUUGA